AGACAUACAUACAUACACUCUUUUGCCUUUGCCUUUGCUUUCCCUUGCUUUUCGUUUUUGGGUUGGGUUUUUCUGCCACAACUUCCUCUUCAUCGAUUCCUCAAUUCGCUUUCUCUUUUUCUUUUUUGUUUUUGCUUGUAUGGCGAAAGGAUUUUCUAGGGUUCGGUUUUUAUCAUCGGAUUGAAACAGGAUACAAAGCUUCACAGACAGGUUUUGAUUUCGUUUCUGAAUUGUUUUCCUCCAUUGCUGGUGAUGGAUCUCGAUUCGAUUUGUUAGGUAUUCAUGUUCAGUUGUAUCCCUCAUGAUACAAACUACGAUUUUGAUCAUAUGUUUGAUCAGAUUCAGGUUGGGUUUUGGGGGGUGUAGGGUUACUGAGAAGAUGACCGAUUUUCAACAGCAACUGCCACAGAAGCCUGAUGCCUGUUCCGAUUUCGAGACUGGUGGUUCCGAUUUCGAGAGAGGAUUUCAUGACUUAAUGAGGGGGCAAUUGGAUGAUUGUAUGUCAUUUGCAUCCUGUAGCUCCCCGCGUACCACCGAGGAUGACGACGAUACUGACGGUGGUGAUCAGCUUAUGCGGCGGCGGAGGAGGUCCGAUCUUGAGGGUGAUGAUCUCGCCGAGUCUUCUGCUGCUAGAAGACGUCACUCCCGGAUUCUCAGCCGAUGGGCCGCCAGGCAAGCACAGGAGAUGAUCACCACCAUUGAGAGGAGGAAUCGUGAGUCUGAAUUAAUGGCGCUUGCAGGUUUGCAUACUGUUUCCAUGUUAGAUUCUUCAUUCUUGAGGGAAUCCCCAUCUCCUUCCCCUCCCUCCAGGAGGCAGGGGAAUGUCGAGAGGCCGAGCACCCGGGCAUCGUCCAUUCUGCAGAUGUGGCGAGAAUUGGAAGACGAGCAUGUCUUGAAUCGUGCCCGCGAAAGAGUGAGAGUGAGACUCCGACAGCAGAGGAGUGUAGACUCCAAUACGAAUAUUUCGACCACCACCGAAGGCCGAGAAGAUGUUACAGAGAGUGAGAACGACUAUGGAACUUGGUCUCAUGAUCAAAUGGAACCACGAAACGAGCGUCGAGACCAUGACGGCUCUAGCCAUGAGCAAACUCCUGAUAUCGGUGAGGUAGAGAGGGAGAGGGUGAGGCACAUUGUUCAGGGAUGGAGGGAAACUGGUGUCGCUGAUCACUCACCCGGUGUUGCGCAGAGGAGUAAUGGUCCACGAGCAGAGUGGCUUGGUGAAACCGAGCGUGAAAGAGUGAGGAUCGUGAGGGAAUGGGUACAAAUGACUAGUCAGCAGAGAGGAAGUCGUGGCGGUCGAAGGGAAGAUCAAAGUGAACAGAAUCGUGAAAGGAUUGGUGAUGAAGGGCAGCCAGAGCAUAUUCAAAGGGACAUGCUGAGGCUGCGUGGUAGACAAGCUCUACUUGACCUACUUAUGAGGGUCGAGAGAGAACGGCAGAGGGAACUUGAGGGUUUGACAGAGUAUCGUGCGGUUUCUGAUUUUGCUCAUCGCAACCGCAUUCAGUCAUUACUGAGAGGCAGAUUCUUACGAAAUGAAAGGCCUGUAGAGGAGGAGAGGCCUUCUUCUGUUGCAGCAAGCGAGUUGGUCCAGUUGAGACAACGUCACACUGUCUCUGGUCUGAGGGAAGGGUUCCGGUCCAGAUCAGAGAACAUUGUUCAUGGUCAAGAGACCGAACAUGAAAACCAAGAGCAGUCGCAACUGUGGGUUGAGGACAUCGAUGUUCACCAGGUCAGUGAUCACACAGGAAGCUUGGAAAGUGUUGCAGCUGUUCAAAGUACAAAUCAAGAAGCAGAUAUUGAUGAAGGAGAGGAGUGGCAAGACCAGGUUGUUGAAGUCGAGAGAGGAGAGUGGCAGCAGGAAAGCUAUAACGAGUUCAACGAAUGGAGAGAUGGGACUUCAGAAGAUGUUGGUCGGAAUUGGCAAGAAAAUUCAGGUACCGACUGGCCCCAGGAAACUUCAGCAACCGGUGGAGAAGGUGCACAUAUGCAUGGAACUAAUGAGGUUUGGCAUGAAGAUGUCUCACGGGAAGCGGUUGAAAAUUGGUCAGAGGGACCUUCCGAUCCACCAAGAAUGCUGCAUUCUGUUCCCGUUAGGAGAGUGAAUAGGUUUCACCCACCCGACGAUGACAAUGUGUACAGCAUGGAACUCAGGGAACUUUUGAGCAGGAGAAGUGUUUCUAAUCUUCUUCGUAGUGGUUUCCGUGAGAGUUUGGACCAGUUGAUUCAAUCAUAUGUCAACAGACAAGGUCGUGCUCCCAUUGAUUGGGAUCUUCACCGCAACUUGCCGACCCCUGCUUCACUGGAGGGUGACCAGGAGCAGCACAGGGAUGAACAGACAGAGAAUCAGCGGGAUGCCAUUGGUAGACCUUCACUGGUUCUACCAUCUCCGCCAGUACCCCCACCACAACCAAUGUGGCAUCAUUUGCCUUAUUCUAGUUGGUCACGCCACAGCAUGCAUCGGUCUGAACUUGAGUGGGAGAUGAUUAAUGAUUUGAGGGCAGAUAUGGCGAGACUGCAACAAGGCAUGACCCACAUGCAGAGGAUGCUCGAGGCCUGCAUGGACAUGCAACUAGAGCUGCAACGGUCUGUAAGACAGGAAGUUUCUGCAGCUUUGAAUCGAUCAGGGGGUGAACAAGGUAUUGCUGCAGAAACCUCAGAAGAUGGAUCAAAAUGGGGUCAAGUUAGGAAAGGAACCUGUUGUGUUUGUUGUGAUAGCCAGAUUGAUUCGUUGUUGUACAGGUGUGGGCACAUGUGUACCUGUUCAAAAUGUGCAAAUGAGUUGGUUCGUGGAGGAGGGAAAUGUCCGUUGUGCCGGGCACCAAUUGUGGAGGUCAUCCGAGCUUACUCCAUACUGUAAACAGAUUACGAACUGACUGACCGAGGAAGAACAUUUACUCGAGUCUCAAGUUCUUCACAUGUAGAGUGCGUCAUAUUUGCCUCACUGUUUUUCUGAUUAUAUGCUGAAUGAUUACUACGCAUUGUAUAAUCCGAAUAACAAUUGGCUCAUUUCAUUCCUUCAUUGCUGCAUAAUAAAAUUCUACAGAGUUUUCUUCGCA